AUGGAAGAAGCUCAGUUUGCAUGGGUGAACGAAUUCCGCCAGGAAGCUCUCAACAACUGGAGGCGAUACAAAGAGCGAUUUCGAGCCUGGCACCGGAAGUCCAACGCCGCAAUCACCGAAUUGCAAGAUGCUGGUCAAACGGAAGAUGCAGGCUGGCUGGCUGAGCAGCUUUGGGACUAUCCAGACGCAAGGGACCCGGACCACUUCAAUGUCGUCGUCUUGCCCGAAGAUGGACGGCGGGAGACUUGGCAGAUCAUCGGAGAGCAAGAUACCGCCCAGAAGAACAAGCCGCGCCGCGAGAUCGCAGAGACCGAGACAGUCCUGGGCCAACCUUACCAAAGCCGUCGCUCUCGUACCACCACCGGCAAUGCAUCUGGGCCACUUUGGAGUGAGCGUACUGAAGCAGUAGCUGGCUCUGCUUUUCGCAGGGUGUUGAGCGAGGGCCCUGACCCUUUCUCUGCCGCUCAUAACAGAUCUGCUUCUCGCUGCGACAUGAGCAGUCUGGCCAUAGCGUCGCCAGCGACUGGCCGAGCUCUACAAAGCGGGACCAGAGACAGGUCUGGUCCCAUCUCUCUCGACGAUAAAGUAGCGACUCCUCCUCCUGAUGGGCACAGUCUGGCAAUCCCGACGGCUCCGCAUGGAGCUUCAACCGAGAUUCUGCAGAUUUCUCCGCCCCCUCCCCUCAUUGACCCAGAAUCAAACAUCGUGCAUGUUGAGUUUCUAGACCCUUUGAUGUUAUCAGAAGCCAAGCAGCAGAAGCUGUGGAUCUGUUGCAAUCUAAAGGGUCUGGGAUUCUGUAUAACAUGUUCUUGCCCUGGCAUGGCCAUUCCAAGAGACUCUCUCGACGGAAACACAACUGCUACGACACAUGACGUUAUGCCGCGACAUUUCCAUGAGCAGCCUCUCGGGAGAACUGCUCUAGAGCAUUUCAGAGCUGUACACAGAUACAAGCAGCGUGUUGCGGAUUGGGAACGUCUCGCUUCGGGAGCACUCGUAGACAGGCUACACGGCCAGCCAGCCAGCCAGAUUUUGUCCAAGGCCAGAACAAUCGAAGAAUGUGCAAUUCCCGCUACAAGCCCACGUUUUUGUUUGGCCCCAAAGUGGCAGUCAAUGAGUAUUGUGACAAGUAGCUCAAGCGGCGUCACAGGGUCGGACGAAUACCCUAUGCAAGCAACCCAGGAGGCUAUUGGUGCCAAUGUUACUGCUAUAGCCAGUCGACGCCACACCCGUCAAGAAACAAGGAAGCAGAGCAUUUACGCCACUUGGACAUCUCGUGUCAUACGACGAGAGUGCGUGAAACGCAAAAUCAAGGUGCACAGGUCUCCUGAGGAGCUGAUAGGCUUGAUCAUCAAGUGCCACGGUAGCAUGAGUGCGGCCUACUAUGAGGCCUUCACAUUUGAUGAUUUGCGAGCAGCGGCGAGAAAGCAGUAUGGCAUCUCGUCUACCAAGACCAAAGAGGAGCUGAGCAUGUCACUAGUCGUCACAGACACCAAUUGA